UUCGCACAGUCCAGCACACGUGCGAAAUUUUUGAAAAAAGCAGAUAUUAGGGUUUCCGAAUAGGGCAGCUCGGGCAGCCUGAAGCGCUUGCCCGUUAUUUUUUAUUCAGUAUUAAGCUACCCCUCAAACUCCUCCCUCCCGCUUCUUCUCUCUCAUUCGAAAUCCAUUUCUCUCUCUCUCUCUAUCUGUUCUCUCACUUGCAUAUUUCCACACACACCAAAUUUCAGCAUACGAAAUUCUGUAUUUAUUUAUAGAUAAGGUGUAAGUAUAUACGAAGGAAGUAGUCGAUUUUUGGGCUUACCUGAACUAGCGUUGGAAGAUAGAGAGAGAAAGGAGAAGGAGAAAACCCUAGUUGCUUCUUCUGGAAUCGAAGUUCGCUUAGGCUUUCUCUCUGAUUGAGGAGAAAUGGCAUUGGAGAUUACCCAGUAUCUGUUAUCCGCUCAAUCACCAGAUGCGAAAGUUCGAAAUGAUGCAGAGACUGCUCUUGGUCAGUUCCAGAACCAAAACUUACCGGGAUUUCUGCUAUCAUUAUCUUUUGAACUCUCAAAUGACGGCAAACCUACCGAGUCCCGUACGCUUGCUGGUCUUAUUCUUAAGAACACUCUGGAUGCCAAAGAAGCUGCACGAAAAGACGUGCUUGUCCAACAAUGGAUUGCAAUUGACGUGACUUUUAAGUCCCAGGUUAAGAAUUCUCUUUUGAACACCCUUGGGUCUUCUAUUCGGGAAGCGAGCCAUACUGCUUCCCAGGUCGUUGCCAAGAUAGCUUCUAUUGAAGUUCCAAGAAAAGAAUGGCCAGAACUUGUCGGCUUAUUGCUUGCCAAUAUGACUAAGCCAGAUAGCCCUGCAUCACUGAAACAGGCUACCCUGGAAUCACUUGGUUAUGUAUGCGAAGAGAUUUCUCACGAGGAUCUUGUGCAAGAUGAAGUGAAUGCUGUUCUCACAGCUGUUGUUCAAGGAAUGAAUGCGGCUGAGCAAAACUCUGAAGUCCGGCUUGCUGCAACUAGGGCUUUAUAUAAUGCCCUAGAUUUUGCACGGACCAACUUUGAAAAUGAGAUGGAGAGGAACUAUAUAAUGAAGGUGACAUGUGAUGCUGCCCUGGCGAAAGAGACAGAGAUCAGGCAGGCUGCAUUUGAGUGUCUUGUUUCGAUUGCAUCGACAUACUAUGAGAUACUUGAACCUUAUAUGCAGAGGAUCUUUGAGCUUACAUCUAGUGCAGUCAAGGGAGAUGAGGAAACUGUUGCCCUUCAAGCUAUGGAGUUUUGGAGUUCUAUCUGUGACGAAGAAUUGGAAAUUCAAGACUAUGAGGUUCCAGAGAACGGCGAUUCGAGCGCUCCACACUCUCACUUCAUUCAGAAAGCUCUUCCUACACUAGUGCCUAUGCUGAUAGAAACUCUACUCAAACAGGAUGAAGACCAGGACCAGGAGGAUGGAAUUUGGAACCUGGCUAUGGCUGGUGGCACAUGUCUUUGUCUUGUUGCUAGGACAGUUGGGGAUGCUGUUGUCCCUCUUGUAAUGCCUUUUGUGGAAGCCAACAUAUGUAAGCCUGACUGGCGAUCUCGUGAGGCAGCCACGUAUGCAUUUGGUUCAAUCCUCGAGGGUCCAAGCAUUGAGAAGCUAUCACCCAUGGUAAAUGCUGGCUUAGAAUUUCUUCUCAACGCAAUGAAAGAUGAAAAUACCCAUGUGAAAGACACGACAGCAUGGACCCUUAGUCGCAUAUUUGAGAUAAUGCACUCGCCGGCUACUGGAUUUUCUGUUAUUACACCAGCUAACCUCGAACGGAUUUUGGGUGUCUUGCUGGAGAGUUUAAAAGACACACCACAUGUGGCUGAUAAGGUUUGUGGAGCUCUCUAUCUUCUUGCUCAGGGAUAUGAGGAUUCUGGACCGAUUUCAUCGCUGCUUACACCUUACCUUCCAAAUAUAUUGAGCAGUUUGAUCGCCACAGCUGAACGUACAGAUGGCAAUGACUCUAAACUCAAAACCAAUUCAUACGAAACCAUGAACGAGUUUAUUAGGAGUUCGAAUCUUUCAGAGACUUCUCAGAUAAUUGCCAAACUGCUCCCUGCUAUCAUGUCCAAGUUGGAACAGACUUUCAGUAUUCAUAUCUCUUCAUCCGAAGACAGGGAAAAACAAGGGGAUUUGCAAGCCUCUCUCUGUGGUGUGAUUCAAGUCAUCAUUCAAAAACUGAGCAGUGUCGACGAAACCAAGCCCAUAAUACUGCAGGCGGCUGACCAGAUUAUGCUGCUUUUCCUCAACGUGUUUGCUUGCCGUAGCUCUACUGUUCACCAAGAGGCUAUGCUUGCUAUUGGUGCACUAGCCUACGCCACUGGGCCUGACUUUGCUAAGUACAUGCAAGAAUUCUACAAAUAUUUAGAAAUGGGUUUGCAGAACUUUGAGGAAUACGAAGUUUGCGCUAUAUCAGUCGGAGUUGUCGGUGAUAUUUGCCGUGCAUUGGACGACAAAAUCUUGCCGUAUUGCGAUAGGAUCAUGGCACUUCUCCUCAAGGAUUUAUCAAGCGGUGAACUGCAUCGGUCGGUCAAACCUCCAAUGUUCUCCUGCUUUGGAGACAUUGCUCUUGCAAUCGGGGAGCACUUUGAAAAUUACAUUAGUUACGCUUUGCCGAUGCUGCAAAGCGCAUCGGAAGUGUGUGCUCAGAUGGACAAUGCCGACGAGGAGAUGAUGGACUAUGGCAACCUGCUCAGGCGAAGUAUUUUCGAGGCCUACUCUGGAAUUCUUCAAGGGUUCAAGGCUGCCAAGACUGAAUUGAUGUUACCCCACGCCCCUCAUCUCAUGCAAUUCAUUGGAUUGGUUGCUAAAGACACGAACAGGGAUGAGAGUGUAACGAAGGCGAUGGUGGCAGUUUUGGGUGACGUGGCAGAUGCUCUCAGUGCAAACAUUAAGGUGAUAUUCAAAGAUUGUGCAUUUUGCAACGAGUUGUUAGGUGAGUGCCUUCAAUCGGAUGACCAGCAGCUGAAGGAAACUGCUGCAUGGACACAGGGGAUGAUUGGGCAAGCAUUUUCUAUUUGUGGCUGAGCAUUCUCUCUCUCUCUCUCUCUCUGUUCAUGGUUUUUGUCCUUGUUACUUUUUGUUUUGGUAAAGUCAGUAGUAGCAGUCUUUAAGGUUCCUAUAAAGAUCUUGGUUCGUUGACUCAUCGUAUGCACAAGUCCUGUGUUAUGCAGAUUUAAUAGACAGAAAUUAUGAAAAUACUUUUCAUUGAUCUGCUAAUUAUGACAAGUUUUGCUUCUCGUGUAUGCGUUCGGUUGGUCACCAUGUUUCAGUGGCCUGUUUUUGUUCGUAUUUUUUCAUAAAAGGG